AAAAUUGAGUCACGUUUGUUUACGUUGUCGGACGGAACCUCUGUCAGUUUGGGAAACCGGAAAACCAUUCAAUUUGUGUUACACAUAGCGGAAGUCGUGUGCUGACAGUGUCACAUUGAAGGCGAAAGCUUCCCGGUCACUGUUCACUUUUGGACCUGUAUCUGGGCAACACAAUCUUGAUGACUAGAUGUAGAUGAUCUCCAACUAUGUUAACUUCUAAACUCCUUCCUCGUUUUCGUCUCCUACAUAAGGCAACUUGUGCAGUUACAGGCCGUGGAGACAUUCUGACUGGCUUUGUGAAGCCAGUGUAUAGCUCUUCACUCAAUGACAAAUUGCGACACUACUCAACAGCAGCCAACAAUACAUCUCCACCACGAUGGGUCCAACUGGAGCCAGAACUUGAUGAGACGCUUGUGCCACGUAAACUCGCAGUAAGUCCCCUGGAGAGCUGGCUCUCGCUGCGAUACACUCUUCCGCCCAUGCUGGAGUCUUCUCAGCCCCUGCAAGAGCGUGUAGACCUGCUGGAGGAGAAGUUGCUGCCACCCGUGUCCAUUCCUAUUCUUGAGGGUGGGGACAGCGGGGUAACACCUCUGAGAUGUAAGAAUGUUCUGGAGAUUCGACGACGCAAAAUGAACCGGCACAAAUACAAGAAGCUUCUAAAACGAACAAAAUUCCUGAGGAGGAAAGUACAGGAGAUCAGGGGGAAGAAGAAGCAGAGACGUUUUGAAGAUGACCUGAAGAGGAUCUGGAGGCGUGCUGGACUGAAGAAGGCUCCAGAAGGGUGGACCACACCCAAGCUCUUUAUUAAUCAAUAUGGGAACCGAAGGAACUGAAAGUCGUUUCAGUCAAGUCAUGGACAGUUUAUCACGUUGGACAGUAUUUCUAGCCACCCUGCAGUCUAAACAAUCAACAACAAUCAACAGUCAAGAGCAAUGCUGAUGGUGUAGUACCUUUCCAAUACUGCAGGUCGCAGCAUUUAGCAAAGUCUGACAAACAUGGGGAAACCGCUAUGACCACAAUUCCCUCAUUACUCAGUCUAGCCAUCCAUAAUGACAAAAGGAAAACAUAAAAGGGUUGAAA